GAGUGCGAGAGAAUCCCUCUGAAAAAAAAGCUUUCAAUAUUUAUGUAUCUCUCUCUAGAAUUCUAAUGGAGAAGGCAUUACAGGCAAAGUGGGAAGGGAAGGUCUCAGCAAAGCUAUCAAACGCCACAGUAGACCAAAUAUGGCCUCUAUUCACAGACUUCUUCAACUUCCAAAAGUGGUUCCCAAGUCUAUCCACUUGCCACGGCAUCCACGGCACCAACGGUGAUCCCGGCUGCAUCAGAUACUGUUCCGGAUUUUCGAUCCCAUCCAACGUUGGCGACAAACCCGUCAGCUGGUCAAAGGAGAGGCUGAUAGCCGUUGAUCACGCCCAACACAGCUUAACCUACGAGAUAGUGGAUAGCAACAUUGGGUUCGAGUCAUACGUUUCGACGGUGAAGAUCGUUCCUGGAAGUGAUCCUGGUGAUGAUCAUGAUCAUCAAUGUGGUUGCGCGAUUGAGUGGUCCUUCACCGUUGAUCCCGUGGAGGGGUGGGCAUUGGAUGAUCUAGUAAGGAAAUACGAAGAGGGUAUACAACGAAUGGCCCAGAAAAUGGAGGCUUCAUUUGGAAAUAGAGUGAGUUAAGUCGUUGACCAGUUUUCUCUUUUG